AUGGGUACAAGGCAGAGGGAAGGGGGAGGGACCAGCCCAGUGCACCAGUGGGCGUGGCUCCACCCUUCCCACCUCACAGCCAUGGGGAGCCGGGGUGCUCACAGGCUGCCCCUGGUGCAGGCCCCCUACACAGUUCUGCUGCUGCCACUGGGGACAAGCCGCCAAGACCCGGGGGCUCGGAGCUUCUUCCUCUGGCUGCAGAGGAUGCAGGCUCUGGAGAGGGAGCAGGAUGCCCUGUGGCAGGGGCUAGAGCUAUUGGAGCAUGGCCAGGCCUGGUUUGAGCGCCGUCUGAGGGAGGCACAGCAACAGCAACUGCAUCUGGGGGCCCUUGGUGAGAAUUUUUUGACAGAUUUACACUCAGAGCCUGGUGGCCCCCAGUUGGCCCAGAUUCAAAAGGUGAACAUCUGUUUGCAGAAUCUGAUUCAGAGGAAGUUCUCCCCACAUCCCUUUAACAAGGCUAGUUCCUGCGCCACCAAGGACUGGAAGAGAAGGCCAAGGAAGCAGAACUUGUGGCAUCAACAGGAGUUGUCAAGGCAGCAGAAAGGAGUCAUUCAGCCAAAGAGGGAGAUGGCUCAGCCAGGCUGCCCCAAGGGGCAGAGGGGCCCUACCAGGGUCUAAGGCCUCCUCUCAUUCCCGUCAGUUGGUGACAGAAGAGGCUGAGUCAGAACCCCCAGCCUCCUUAGUCUGCUUCUUGACUCAACAGCUAAAUGGCUCCAGGUGGUGGUCAAACGAAGUCGAAACAUGUUGGUGUAAAGUUUCUUCUCUGCUCCUGAAAACUUCCGUUUCAUCUUCUUGGUGUCUUAUGCCCUCACUCUCCCUAUAUGAUGUGCAUAAAUGAUCUUUCUUUGAAAUCCCUCUGGGGAGAAGACAUGUUUAUUGAAACAGUCCUUCAAGUUUAAAUACAAAAAUAAAAUAGAAGCUUCUCCAGAAUUUCAAAUAAAAAUAAUUCUAUAAAUAAGAAUUUGUGGUACCCUCCUACCCUACUCCCAACUUUAGUCUCCACCCCAUAUAUCUUCCUCUCUCCCUGAGCUUGGGAGACCAUGAAUAAGUAAUGGAAUAAAGAUGCUA